AAAUAUUUUUCAGCGUUCUUAGCCAAGAAUUCCAGCAUCUUCAGCUAUCAGCAUUCACACUAGAAUUAUCUCAGGUAAUGCUAUAUAUCUAGUUCUUAGUUUCAAGCUGAUGAUGGUUGAGAUGUGCGCUUUACAUCCAGUUUGCGCAUGACGGGAUUAGUCGACUAAGUGGAAAAAAUAAUCUGUGAUUGGUUUACUAUUAACAUAAUCGUUUGUGGGAUCACUACUCCUGAUUAACGCUGAUAGCGUCUGAACCUGUCAGAUGGCGGACGUUGUGGAAAACGAAGCAAAGAUAGCUCACAUGAGGCCACCUGGUGGUAGUGUUGCUGCUGCCGGCGGCGGCGUCUCCGGCGAGAACCAAGGUCCAUCCAAAGGUUUCGUGGUGAGGGAGGCUCCCUGGGCUAACACCAAUGAGAAAGCUCCUGACAUGAGCAGCUCUGAAGAUUUCCCAAGCUUUGGAGCUCCAGUCCCACAAAACUUUAUACAACACUAGACAUUUAACCUCACACUAACUGUUGAAUGGACUUUUCGUAAAUAUCU